CCAGGCAGCGCCGCAGCUGGCGCCGACGUGUCGUUGGCACAGUUGGCGCGCAAGGCAACGCCGCCUGCGGCGAAGAAAGAGGACGUGCGACGGCCUGGCGAGCUGCCCAAAGCAGCCGCCAAGGCGCCGGCGACUGCAAGGGCGCCCGCUGGGCCGCCUCCGUUCCCACGAGAGGACGUCCCCGAUGGCAGCGCUGCCUACGGGAAGGUGCUGUGGCAUCGGACGGAGGGCAACUAUUAUCCAUGACUCCGUGCAGGGUAACGCUGCCCGGCGGGCGGAAGUUCCAGCAGCAGGUCACUUGCGACUCGAAGUCCGAGCAGACCGCCGCGCGGCUUUGCCGGCUGAUCUACCAUAUGUGGGAGAAGGGAGCGUCAGAGGACGCGGUCAAGGUCUACCGGACCCAGAUCUGUGCCGCUUGGAACGCGCACAGGAAGCUCGCCCUCGUCAAGGACGAGACGCCAGAGAAGGAGUUCAAGGGGAGUAAGAGCUGCGACAAGAGGGCUAAGCAGCACAAGAAGGACAACGACAAGAGCUGUGACAAGAGGGAUAAGCAGCAGGGCGAGGGCAGCUCUGCAGGCUCCCGUGGUCGGCAGGCGGCUCCUCAGCAGGGGCUGGCGCUGGAUAUCGGCGACGCCAAAGAGUCGAGCGCCGCGUGGACGAGGGUGUGGUGGCACCAGAGCCGCUGCCACUGGUUCUUCCGGUGGAGCACCGACAAGGUGACGAUCACCUUCCAGGUGACGGAGCGAGCUGCCCAAGGGGACCGAGAGCUGGCGGCGCGCAUCUGCCGGCGCUGCUUCGAGAAAAUCGAGGCCGGCGGCACGAAGGAGGAGGCCGAUGCGCUCAAGAAGGACCUGCUGGAGAGGUGCUGCGCGCGCCCCGCCGCCGGGCCGCGCUCCCCCAGCCGCCCCGCCGCGGCACCAGCCUCGGGGGCAGCCGCGCCCGCGGCCGCCAGCGGGGCCACGCCGGGCGCCAAGGAGGGCCCCGGCGAGGAGAAGGGGGAGGACUCCGAGACCGACCAGGAGUCCGAGUCCUCCAGGUCCGGCGGGGGCUCCUCGGGCUCCUCCUCCUCGGGGUCCGACUCGGACGCCGACGCCGCCUCGGGCUCCGAGUCGGACGACUCAUGUCUUUUCGAGAAAGAGUCGGGCGCGCAGGCCCCUGUUGCAGCGGGAAGCGGCACGGCGGCGGACAGCGGCUCUCUGCCCGCCAAUUGGGAGGCCGUCGGCCGACGAAAACCACCAGUGCUACUACUACUUCAACGCCUCCACCGAGGUGUCGCAGUGGGAGAUGCCGAGAACGUGAGGGCGCCACCGCUUGCGCACGCGUCGCUUGCGGUCUCCGUUGCUUCCUCUCCCCCCGUCCCUCCUCUCUCUCUCUCUCUUCUCUCGCUACCCCUGCGUACCCUCGAGCGCUGCACAGACGUUGCCGGGCGUGGCGUGUGCUAGCCUGCAGCGCGUGGCGUGCCCUUCCUGCAUGUUGUCGCCCACUGGCGCAAGAGGGAUGAUAGAAGGG